AUGGCUGGUUGCAUGUCAACCCCAUCCAAAACAAUUAAAUCACGGAACAAACAUUGUCAGCGGGUCAUCAAACGUCAUAGAAAGGCAACACGCUCUGCUUCAGAUGGAGCUCGCGUGAGUGACUAUGCUGUCAGUGAGUUUGUUCAUGUGGACUUUGAGAAUGGUGCAACAGCUACUCACAGAAGAUCUCAGGUUUCUAAUUCAACAUUCCAUCUCACCCAGCUGCAACGGCACCAGAGUCAAUUUGAUUCGAAUGCUGUUGGUAACAUAGACACAAGUGGGACAAGCAUGUUUGAAGAGGUCAAAAGGGUAAUUAAUUGGCGUGCCUGGAUGGGAUAA